AGCUGUUUACCCACAAUCCCCAAGUGCCACCGUGUCUCGGGCUGCCGUGUCUGUAUGUUUGUUUCUGUGUAUGCAGCUUCCCUGUACACAGCAAGAUAGUAAUACCUUCCCUUGAGUUAAUUCGCCAAGAUGGGAGGCUCGCAGAGUGUUCAUAUCCCAGGAGGAGGAACUGAGGGCUACCACGUGCUGAGGGUACAAGAAAAUUCACCUGGACAGAUUGCUGGACUUGAGGCAUUUUUUGACUUCAUAGUCUCUAUUGGAAAUACAAGACUAGAUCAGGAUAAUGAUACCCUGAAAGAACUUUUAAAAGGCUCAAUUGAGAAGAAUCUCAAAAUGACGGUGUACAGUAGCAAGACUCAAACCAUCCGUACUGUCAAUAUUGUGCCAUCCAACCUGUGGGGCGGCCAGGGUCUGCUUGGCGUCUCCAUACGAUUUUGCUCAUUUGAAGGUGCCAAUGAAAAUGUUUGGCACAUAUUGGAUGUGGAGCCCAACUCCCCUGCUGACAUUGCUGGGCUUAAAGGGUUUAAAGACUAUAUCAUUGGUGCUGACUCAGUUCUGCAUGAGAGUGAAGACUUGUUCUCACUCAUAGAAGCUCAUGAAGGUCGUCCCCUCAAGUUGUAUGUGUACAAUGUGGAGACAGAUUCAUGCAGGGAAGUUACAGUCACACCAGACACUCAGUGGGGAGGAUCUGGAAGUUUGGGAUGUGGCAUUGGCUAUGGAUAUCUCCAUCGCAUUCCAACGCAGAGAGGGGAAGUCAAAGCUGAUACUUCAAAGGAAUCACCAGGUGGUAGCUUAGAUCCUGAACCUUUGUUACAGGUGGCCACUGGAAAUGACGUUGAAGCUCUGGCCUCCAGUGUGGCAGGAAUAAAUGUUGGUGAGAGUACACCAGUAGUGGCAACUGCAGGCUCCACUAUCCCUCCACCCACUGCAUUUACCACAGCAUCAGAGCAACAGUCAGCAUCUGCAACAGCAACAACUACUGCCACCCUCCCCGUUGUUCCUUCUGCAACCCCCAUUAUUCCUCCUCAUACUUCUUUCACACCAUCAUCACUACCUCCACCUUCUGAAAUACCUGCUAGUUUCACGACUCCUACAACACAUAUUACUACAGAAACUCCAACACAGAUUCCUUCUCAACCCCUUGUUCAGACUGCUGAAGUUCCCAUGCAUCCUCCUCCAGAUGUUUCUCCCUUGAACCCUGGUCUUCCUCCUCCACCUCUUUCUCAACCCAGUCCAUUGACCAUGGGUGGUGCUCCCACUGUCCCAAGUAUGCCUAGUUUGCCUCAAUCUUUAGGAAACCCUGAUUCCAGUGUUCCUAUGAUUCCUUUAUCUGGUGCUGCAGGCAUGCAGCCAAGUCCAAGUCAGUACUACUCGUCUCCAGUUGUCCCUCCACCAGCUUUUACUGCUCCUCCAGCAAUGCCAUCCAUCCCCGGCAUGCCUGUGACUACACCAAUAAAUCUGCCUGGAAUGCCUCCUAUUACAGUUAGUGCCACCUUACCACCUGAGUCAUUUCAAAACAUCUCCAGCAAUGCACAACCCUCAACGCAGCCCCAGCCUGUGCAGUAGAAGGCUUUCAAGAUCCACAUCAUCUUUUGAGAGGUGUAUAGAAAUAUAUUUACAGUUUCAUUACAUAGUCCUGUGAUUCAUAUUCCCUCAUUGCUGUAAAAUUAAUGUCUACUUUGUCAUGAAAAAUCGUUAUCAUAUUUUAUACAUGUAUGUAGAAUACAGGUUAAGAAUCCUUUAUUCAGAAUUUUAAAGUACGAAAACUCCAAAUCUUUAUAUGCCGACAUCUGUUACUCGUCCACAUUUCCGUAUCAUUAUGAUGACUAGAGCUGUACAGUAAUAUUAUUAAUAAUGUUGCUGUAUGAUUUUAGAAGAAACAUUAUGGAUAUAUCAGUACAGUGUAUACUUUACAGAACUAACCAGUAAAGUCACACAGGUGGGUCCAAGAGUUUGCAUUAUCUCUCCAUGCUGGUAACCUCCAGAUACAUCUCUUUUUCUCCUGGCUGUCUUGCUUUAACAUUCACAUUCAUGCAGAUGCAAUGAAAACCAAGUUUAUGCAUGUCCCUGAACACAUAACCAUCUGACAAUCCACAUUGUCACAAGUUUUUUUUAUUACCCUCAUAAUUUUCUCUAACUUUCAGUCCAGUGUGCAGUAAAUUCUACAAGAUGGUUGACACUCAUCACAAAAUAGUUUUUGUGUUAGAUGAUUUUGUCCCACUGUAUGGUGAAUAGCAAAGUUCUGAGCAUGUGUAAGGCAGACUACAAUGCUUAAUCAUACAGUUUCAUCUCAUGAUUUGAUUUAUGAUAGCUUUUUGUAAUGUAAAUCCAUUGUAAGUUGAGGUGUGUAUGUGUAUUCCAAAAUCUGGAAAAAAUCUUAAAUUCAGAAUACUUGCCAUCCUGUGGAUUUUGAACGAGGGAUUCUAAACUUGUAUUGAUGAAAUGAUUAAAUUCUGAAUAAUACUUGUAGUAUUUAAAAGUCUGUUAAGAGGUAUAACCUAGAAAUUAAUUAUCAAAAUAUAAAGAUUGGGAAGCACUUGUUUUAUACUAACAAGUUUAUGACUUGCACUUGUACAUUAUCCCUUGAAUAUAUAUAUAUAUAUAUAUAUAUAUAUAUAUAUAUAUAUAUAUAUAUAUAUAUAUAUAUAUAUAUAUAUAUAUAUAUAUAUACACACACACAGUAUAUUUGAAAUUAUUAUUUUAAGCUAACCUUACUUACUUGUAAGCUACUUUAUGCUGGUUGGUAAAUGUCAGUGCAUAUAAAAGAAUUUAAAAUUUUCUUGCACAGUAAGGAAAAGCAUCAAGUAUUUUAAAUAUGGCAAUGCAUAGACAAAUUUAUAGAUUAUUAGAUGACAAACAAAUUUAUUGACAGUAAGCAAUUAUGCAAUUAUAUGAAAUUAGAAGCAUGAGGCAUAUUAUUUAUUCCAUUAUAUCAUUACAUUCAACGUUAUUAGAUGUGUAUCAGAUGUUGUUGGUAUAUCAGAUGAUGAUGAAUGUACUAAUGUGUGUGUGUGUGUGUGUGUGUGUAUGCAUAUAUAGGCAGUGCUUGUUUUCAUUUUUUUUAAUUUUUUUAAUUUAUAUUUUUUGUCAUGUAUCUUUUUUUUUUUUCUUUUCCUUUGAACUUGGGAGUUUGUAAUGUAUUCAGCUUGGGUCUUGUUUCCAUACUGUUAGCUUUCAUCCAGAGUUUGACUAUCACACUGCAGUGGUUGUGUUAUUAGGUCAUGCAUGUUGGAAUAUAUUUUCUUAUUCUGAGUACUAAUGUAAGCAUAAAUCUUGAAAUUCAGACUAAUUUUAUCCUUCCAAUAGUAUCUGUAUAAUGGUUUCUCUUACAUCAUAUUGAAAAACCUAUGUGAAAUGGGAAUUACAUUCCUGACCACCCCAAAAUUUGUUAACAAAUUGACACAUGCCACAUUUUGUACUGGCAAUAGUGAUUGAUCAUUUGGUAUGAGACCAGAUCAAGCAGAUCAGCUGAAAUAUUGUUUGCUAAAGCAUUUUACCUUUGGUCAAUCAAGGAAUGCCACAUCUUGUCUCACUGAGAAUAAAAGUAUAGAGGAGAGGGAUUCACAGUCCUCUCACUGCAAUAAUGCUCCAAUAGAAGACUAUAUCAGCAACAUCCCUGCCUUUGGUGUUAGCAGCAGCUCCAUGAAGGAGUCAAAACAGAAUUAGUUGCACGAUACCAAUCAGUGUUUUGUCUUCUAUAGAACUAAAACUAAUAUGAACUGGUAGUACUUAACUCUUAGGUAUUCUUAAAAUGGUUCUCCAUAAAAAGCAACUAAUUUCAAGCAGCUAAAUACAGUACAGUGCUUUCUUUUUAUAAUACUUGUGCAUUACACAAUAAACUAUACUGUGAAAAAACAGUAAUUAAUGCACUAUAGUGACUUGUAACAGUAUUGUAACUUCUGCUUCUUCAUAGCAUGGAGCUGUUUGAGAAGUGAGAGGGGAAGUAUUAGAAGUAAAUAUAAAUAUUGUGUUUAUUACAAGUUUUUCAUUGUGAAAUUUUUUGUGUGGUAGUGGGAACCUGGUAUUACUUGGCUUUAUUUGGAACUGUAUCACACUCAUUGCAUUUGUCCUUUUUUUUCCUAAUCCAGGCUGUUAGGCUGCUGUCCAUCAUGUUAUUAAGAGUAUAGGCCAAUCCAGAAUGAGACAGUAGCUUUUUUCCUUGUUUGCUACUAGAUAAAGGAUUAAUUGCUGUUGUUGUUGCAAAAUGUGGUAAUAAUUAGUAUGGACAACUUUACACAUUUUGCACUGUGCAACUGCACAUGCUCUGUAAAAAUAGGCAUAUGUAAAGAAAGCAAUUGCCCUGCUUUCUUUUUUAGAUUGAUCAUAAACUUGUAUGAUGAAAGUAUCACGAAUAUACGUUUCUCACAUUUCUGGAACAUUGAAUGCUUGUUUAGCAUGACCUACCUUUGUGAAGCAUCAUAUAGAAGUAUUUGAUUUAGGAGUAGAAGCAGAUAGGUAUGCCAUUGAGUUUUCAAACUUUUUAAAAAUUAUUUGGAUGUGUAGGUGGGAUGAUUUUAUUUAUUUAUUUAUUUAAUUUUAAUUUAUUUUUUAUUUUUUUUAUUUUUUUUAUUAUCAAAUAGUUUUCUGGAUAGGUGGUCUGAGUAAUCCAGGUGUCCUUAUUUUCAGAGGCCUGACCAAAAACCAUAAAAUAAUUAGAAUGAAUAUAGCAUAAAUAACUUUCUCUCUCUCUCUCUCUCUCUCUCUCUCUCUCUCUCUCUCUCUCUCUCUCUCCAAGGAAAUGCUCUAACCAUUAGCAGCAUAUAGGCCUAAACACUUACAGCAAUUCAUGAAGGAAAGAGAUUUUUUUGUAGAGAUAACUUCUCACCAUUAUUUUGAUGUGUUGAAAUCCUAUUAUGUUACAUUUAAUAACAGUAAACCCUUGCUAAGCUGGGCUCAUUGUGGGAGAAGGCAAGGCUGACUUGGCCAAAAGUCAGCCUACUUGGAGGCCAUCCAUUAGAUGUGAGUGAAAAUACUUUAUACAUGUGGUUAAAAAGUGUCAAUAGUAAAAUACAAAAUUCAGAGGAAAAACCUAUUUCAAGCGCAGUAAAAGUAUGCUUGCUUUCUUCAAAUGAUGGCAUUUCAGUUGAUCAUUCAAUUAGAAUAACAGUCAGUGAUGUAAUAAUUCACAUGUAACCAAGUCUCCAGCACAAUCCUUGCUACAGUCAUGGUUGCCUCUCAGCUGAUACUCAGUUGUGAAUGAAAGGAGAUUCACUCACUGGAAGAUUACAAAUGUUCACUGACAAUGAAUAGACCCUUUGUGUGUCAGAAUAAUUAGACACUCUUGCAAUGAUAGAGAAGUGCCUUUUUUUCCCAUAUUUUUAUGAUUUACCUUCAGAAUUUUCUCUUGAAUUGCUGCUUUCAAAGAAUCAUCUUUGGACAAGCUUGCAUGUUGUGUUCCUGAUGUGUCAGCUACUGUAAGCUCUUUUAUCUGUGAAUUGAAAGCAUUUGUAUUAUCUUGCAGACUUCUAUGACUACUGAAUCAGAUUUUUGAAAGUGUUAUUCAUUGUUUUAAUUUAAAUCUUUAGGAUUCAUGGAGGAAUGUUUCAUAUAUUCAUGUGAAACAAAGAAACAUGUUUCACCUCUAAGGCAUCAUCAGUCUAAUCAGGAUUGUAGCCUCUGGUAUUUUCAGUCUAAUGUUAGAAAAGAGCCCAUGCAACAGAGUGAAACCUGACUUCUAGAAGUCCCUGGUAAAACUGACACAUAGGAGAGAUGCUCCUGUCAGCAUAUGCUUGGUAAAGUGCAGGUUGGGUGAUGUGUGUAAACCAGGCAGCUUAUGUUGUGUUUACUUGUGGUGGCUUAAGGCUGAUGACUUAUCCUGUAUUGUACUUUGUGGAGUCUGAUUUGGCAAUGGUUUACUGUGUACCUAUUAUGUUUGUGAUUACAUGUUAGUCAACAAUUCUUACUAUUUCCAGUUAGAUGGCCUUAAUGCUUACAAAAAAUAUCAGUGUUGCUACAGCAUUUGGUUAUUAAUGCUUUACUCAUUAUGUUGUGGUCUUUUAUGUUCACUUUGUUUACAUAUAAUUUCAGCUUUUCUUUAGUUCUGGAUAUCAAAAAUAGGACUUUAUUACUCAUUCUAACUUUGGAUUAAAUUUUGUGGGAUGGAUGAAGUGGCAACAGGCAAGCAUAUUGACCUUGUGGACAAACCACAUACAUCUUUAGAUUAACAGUGCUGUUAUGAGUUUGAAACAAAUGAUAUGCACUCAAAAUAUUAUUUGGUUAUGAGGAAUGUUAAAAAGCUCUGAGACUAGAUAAAAGUAAGAAACUGUACCUAAUUCAAAUUUUUCUACCAUCCCUUUUGAAAUAUAUAGUACAUUGAUCCUCUGCUUCCAGCAUUUAUGCCACACUUAGGAUGUUUUCUUGGACUCACUUUGUGUCAAGCACUGUGUGAUUUGCAUGGGAUCUUUUUCCAUGGUAUCAAAAUAACAAUCUUUCAGCCUGAGCUUAAUUUUCACCAAGAGGAAAAAGAAUUGCAUGGAGCCCAAUACAGUGAGCAGAAAUGUGUGGAGUUAAGAGUUGGUGUGAGGAAAAAUCUUUGCUUUUUCCAUUCACUGUGAAUGGACAUGUUGUGAUGGAGCAAUAAUAGCUUAGAACACUAAAGCAGAAAUUGGUGUUAAUGGCCUGAGUGCAGGACAGAUUCAUCAUUUAGAACUCUACAAAUAGAGAACAGUAAUAAUAAUAAUAUGAAGUCCUUGAACUACCUAAAGGAACGUGAGUAGUCUUGACAUUUCUUAAGAAUGGUUUGUUAUCAAAACUAAAUUGUUUUUGCUCACAGAAGCCAAGCUAUACAUACAGCCAAAUACAGCAUUGUAUUCUGCUCAUGGAAGCUUUGGAGCUGUCAUGUACUUGUAGCUUGAGCACGGUUGUAUAACCAAUAUUUAAGUGAAUUGUUUCUGAGCUCAGAAGCCAAGUCACCCUUGUUACUAUUUGAUAUCAAGCUGUGGUUAGAAACCAUGCAUAUACCUUCAGUUCGUGAAAAUUAGUUCUUUAUUUUUUGACAUAUCAACAAAGUUGAAUGAAGCCAAGCAAUCAAGUGUCAGGUGUCCAUAUGAUUAUCUUGGUGUGAAACUGGAAUAUUUUUGUAUAAAAGUGCUAAUUGGGGAAUAUGAAUUUUAAGCUCACCAUGUAAAAGAUUAGUAAAUCAAGCUGCUAUGAAACUUCCACCAGCACUGUAUAUGAUGAACAGGUUUUCCAAAAAGAAAACAGCAGAAAUUUUGGAACUUGCUUGAAAUAACAUUUUAAGGCUAAAUUUUCAUGAUUGAUGCUCUUAAUUAUCUUAUCAAGUUACAGGGAAGUUAGCAAAGGCAAACUUUGGUACCUGAUUGUGAACUUGAACUGUCACCAACUGACUGAAUGACAGCUAGUGGCAAUGGAAGAAGCUAUCUUGUAGUUGACCUCUUUAGUAUAUGUAUUAUAUAUUGUUUCCCUUUCUUUUCAUUGUCAUUAUUUUUUUUUCCAUAGGAAUGAACAUACAGAAUAUUUCUUUUCAAAUAAACAUAUAUCAAGAUAUUUUCCUUGCUGAGGAAAUAACAGGUAUGCUUGUGAGCUCUACUACCUGAUAUAUGAACUGUUUUGAUAAUGAAAUCAAUCAAUUAAAGUGGCCUGAAAAGAAAAAAAAAACCUUACAUGUUCAAUAUAUUCUUUUUAUUGAAUAUGUUGAUUUUACUGUUAAAACUGUGUAUGUAUCAGACAGUUGUUGCAUCUGUGGCAUAAAUACUAUUCAUGUAUAAGAUCCUUCACAUCCUCCAGUGUACAUAUGUAUAUUGCUUAAUUGCUUUUUACAAAAGAAAACGGGCUGGUGCACGGAAGUAAGAGGACAUUGAAUUUUAUCUCUGUGUAAUGCUAACUAAUGAGGAAUGUUUAAUUAAAAAUCAUAGAUAUGAGUAUGUAUGAUAUACAUAAGCUUUAUGUUAUAGUACAUCACAGAUUCUAUA